AUGCUGUUUUCAGUUUUGUUUUUUUGUCAAGUAUAUUUGACGUUGGCUAUUCCUUCUUGCUCGAAGAUAAGUGCUGAUAAAAUUGAGUGCGAAUUUGAUGAUACUUGUCGGUAUGGGGCAGUUAUUGAUGUACAGUGUAAAUCUCUGGUAUCGUGCCAAAGUGCCCCAAAUAAUACGAACCCUAUUCAUCUUCGUAAAAUGAUUUGCCGCUAUUGUCAUCAACUCACUAAGGAAUCUGAAUAUGUCUGUAGUCCACCAUUGCACGAUUGUACUCAACCCGGUGUCGCUCGCAGUUACUAUGUUGCCCGUUGUUAUGCAAAAUCAUCAAUUGUCUGUCUGGGUCGUCGAGAAUUUCUUCGGAUGCGCCAUUGUGUUCACCCGACCGGAAAAAGCUAUGGCACAACCGUUACCCUGAGUUUAUUUCUUGGUGGUUUGGGCGCCGAUCGGUUCUACCUCGGUAUGUGGAGGGAAGGCCUUGGAAAACUUUUUACUUUCGGUGGUCUCGGAGUCUGGAGUGUUGUGGAUUUUGUACUCGUUGUCGUCGGUUACAUCUGUCCUUCCGGUGAUCCCUCAUACUGGAGUAGCACUCCUUCCAAGUAA